AUGAUCGCGGAGACGAUAUCCCUGGGGAUUCUGGCCCUCCCCAAAGCGUUGUCGACAUUAGGGCUCCUGCCGUAUGCAGCGACCAUCCUGUUCUGGUCGCCAGGCUUGCCCGAACUGACGUUUCUUCCCAGGGGGAUUCUCGCAAUACUGGGAAUCGGAAUCAUCUCGACAUAUACAGGAUACACCAUCGGGCAGCUGAAACGCCGUUAUGUACAGAUUCACAGCAUGGCAGACGCCGGAGAUAUCCUUUAUGGGAGCCGAGGCCACAGAAUACUAGGUUCAGCACAGCUUAUUUUCUUCGUUUUUGUCAUGGGUGGUCAUGUCCUGACCUUUUCUAUCAUGAUGAACGUCUUGACUGAACAUUUUACCUGUACCAUCGUGUUUUCCGUGCUGGGCUUGGUCGUCUCGUUUGUGUUGACUCUUCCGCGGCGACUCGAGGAUCUGUCUCACAUCUCCACUGUGAGCUUCAUCAGUAUUAUUGGAGCAGUGCUGACAAGCAUGAUUGGUGUUUCCGUGAGCCCUCUGGUUCCGGUCCAGUUGCCUCUUUUCUCUCCCACACCCUCGGUGCACGAUGCAUGUCUUGCCAUAGCGAAUAUUGUCUUCGCAUACGCCGGACAUGUUGCCUUCUUCACCUUUUUCUCCGAGCUGAAGGAGAUCAACGACUACCCCAAAGCGUUGGCGCUCCUGCAAGUGAGCGAGAUGGUUUUAUACACGGUGACUGCAAUCGUCAUCUACGCCUUUGUUGGACCAACUGUUACAUCGCCUGCUCUAAAUUCGGCGGCAAGGUUAUUUCGAAGAAUCUCCUACGGAAUCGCCAUUCCAACUGUACGUAUUGGUGUAAUGCAUUGA